GGUACACAGUUCGUUAAGCUCAGUUGGAUACAGAACAAUCAAAAUGUUGCUCCUGAAUUUAUAUUUGGUUGCAAGUUUAUUAUUUUUCUCUGGGAACUUUGUAUGUGGGAAGCGUAAGGAAUUAAUUUCAAGCAACCCUGAUUUCACUGUAGAUUGGGAAAUUACCGACGAGACUAGUAGAAAUGCCACAGUCACUUUCAACCUUACCGUAAAAACGACUGGGUUUGUGGGGUUCGGAAUUUCUAAGAAUGGAGGAAUGGGUGGUGCAGAUAUCGUGAUUGGUGGUGUGCUUCCAAAUGGGACGGUAUAUUUUAGUGAUCGACACGCCCCGUCGAAUGGGUUUCCUCCUGAGGAUAUUUCUCACGAUUGGAUUCUUCACUCCGCCACUGAAAAUAUGACCCAUACACAUCUUCAUAUUUCUCGCCUGCUUGACACCUGCGACCAAGAUGACGUUGCCAUUACAAAGGACACCUUCAGAUUCAUAUGGUCAGUUGGAAGCGACGAUAAUAUCGCCUACCAUGGCGUCAACAAUAGGGGAUCGUUUGCAGUCAAUAUAUUGGGCUUGCCUUAUCCUGACAUUGAUUUAUCAACAUUUUCCACUUUUGAUGCCGUCACAAACUUAACGAUGCCAUCUAAAGACACGACAUAUUGGUGCACAGUGCACAAGGCUCCAGUUUUUAGUGGGAAGCAACACGCCGUGGCGUUUGGUCCCGUGCUUUUUGGUCCAGUUUCCGAAAAGCAUUCUCACCAUAUUUCCCUCUACUCGUGCACUCCACCGAAUGGAGAAGAUCCAGAGGAAUUUUUUAAUAAGUAUAUCGUCCAAGGUGGAAUUGAUUGCUUGAAUCCAAAUCCAGGAGAAAUUUCUGCAUAUCGGUACUGUACUAAACUCAUAUAUACGUGGACAAUUGGAGGCAGGAUUAUGCACAUGCCGGACGGAGUUGGUUUCCCAAUUGGGGAGGAGACCCACAUGUACUACUUAAUGGAAAGCCAUUUCGACAAUCCUGAGCAACUGGUUGAUGUCUCGUUUCAAAGUGGAGUUCGAAUUUAUUAUACCCCAGAAUUGAGAUCAAUCGAAGCCGGUGUGAUGAGAACAGGUCAAAUGUACGAUUACAAUCUCGUCGUACCACCCAGUUCGAAAGAUUAUGUCGUCGUGGGACAUUGCAGUUCAAAUUGUACGGCACAGUGGAUCCCAACCGAAGGGGUCAACAUUUUCAAUAUAAUGUUGCACUCCCACUCUUACGGGACCAAAAUGAAGCUUCGCCAAUUCCGAGAUGGAGCUGAGGAACCGUGGGUGUUAAAUGACGACAAUUACGAUAACGAUUAUCAGGACAAUAGAAAUAUUCCACUAGUAAAAUUUUUACCAGGGGACCAAAUGGCAAUAGAAUGUCACUACGACAAUUCCAUGCUUUCUCCACCGACCGGCGUCCUGGGUGGAUUUGGGACACGACGAGAAAUGUGUGAAGCUGUUUACUACUACUACCCUAAAGUGGGUCUAGAAAACUGCAGAAGUAGUAUUUUGAAGGAAAAUAUACGGAAUUUUUUCGGAAUUUCUGUCCGCGAAUUAAACGACGCCUUAACAAACCCCAUAAUCACGGCACCAGAACACCUCGCAGGAUUAAGUUUCCUUGACUAUGUUGACUCCAUUGUUUGGAAUGACGUAACCCGUGGCGAGUUGGAGCGAUUGAUGCGUUUUUCCCUUCAUACUGAGCAAUGUGGUGGGGAUGGAUUUCAAAAAAGGUCGACAUACUCUACAAGGGAAACGUAUUAUGUGACUUAUCCGGACAUCGAGGAGGAAUAUGUACCACCAAAUUCAGAGUGUCCUUCAAAAUUUUAAGUUAUAAUGUCAAUUUUUAAUGUCGGGUUUUCCAGUCUAUGAAUUAUAUAUGUGAUUCUGUAAUAUGAAAGGCUUGAAUAUGUGCAUAAAAUAAAGUUUAAUUUGCAAACCA